UUACUCACAUAUAAUCAUUUACAUUUGUUCAAAUACCUCACAUAUAUCAAUAUGAUUUAUUAAAGGCCGCCCCCACAAAUUCCUCUCUGGAUCCGCUCCUGUGCGCCAUCGAAUCGUCUAUCGUCAUCGGUAUCCACCUAAUUGUAUUAAUUUCACAUCUCUAUUAGAAAAUAACGCAACUCGAAAUGCCGGGCAAAAGCAGGACAAUACGCAAAGAGAUCAAGAAGAAACAAAGACAACGACGACGACAAAAACAAGCCCAACAAAGGGAUAAGCAACUGGAAGAAGAAGAAGCUGAAAAACAAAAGGAUCCCGAAUAUCAAAAGUGGCAGAAACAACAACUGGAAUGGGAGGAGUUUGAACGGUUGGCCAGCGAACGCCAGCAGCAGGAUGAAGAGGAGGCCUGGCUGCGACGUGAGGCCCUGGCUCAGCGACAGUUCCAGCUUGAUGCCGCAGAAAGACGAUGUGAGGAAGAUAAAAUCAACCGUUUGCGGGAGCAACAGGCCCAGGAAUUGGCCUCAAUCAAGGAGCAACAAAGACAAAGGAGGGAAGAAAGGAAGAGAAUGGCUGACAGAGCAGCAGCUGAGUUUGAAUCCAUGAUGAAGACCAUGGACGAGUAUCUUAACGACACGGAUACGCUUAAGCCACCACCAUUGGAGCUGCAGCGAUUGGUAGAGACCCAUCCGCAGGAACGUCUUUGUGAAUUCUUCACCCGCACCAAUUGCUGUCGUUUUGGUCACACCUGCAGCCAUAAUCAUCGUCGUCCUAUGUUGGCCAAAAUCCUUUUGAUUCGUCACUUCUUCUCACAUCCUUUGCUAAAGCUGACCUCCUCGGAUGAUUAUCUAGAACUCACCGAACAUGAUUUACGCGAUAGUUAUGAUGAGUUUUUUCAUGAUGCCGUUGCAGAAUUAGAGAAAUUUGGAAAAAUUGUUAAUUUUCGUGCUUUACGCAACACUUUGGACUACCUGCGAGGUCAUGUUUUUGUGGAAUAUGCUCAGGAGAGACAUGCCCUGCGAGCGUUUAUUAAUCUUCAGGGUCGGUACUAUGCCUCCCGCCAACUGAAUGUGGAAUUUUCCAAUCUCAAGGGAUGGCGCGGUGCUGUUUGCGGUACGUGAACCGCCUCUGAUGACAUGUUAUAGCUGUGCCUAUUUGCAUUUAUUUCGCAAUCCCAACAAUCUGUUUAACACGGAUUUGG